CCCGCAGACAAGCUCAUCGAAGACUCGGUCGAGUUAUUCACCUCGCUGAUGCAGAAUGGUUCCCUCGUCGGCGGCGAGACAACUCUCCUUGGGUCUAUGGCUCGAUCGAUGAUCAAAGCGGCAGUCUUGGUUGCUGGGGAGUAUUACCCUGCCCUCGACGAGAACGGUGAACUGGCCGGGUACGCAUUGUGGAUGCCCCCGGGUCGGGUCCUCUUCGACACGCGGGGAAGCAGUAUUACAAGGAUGUCGUACGUGCGCCGUCCUGAGGUAGAAGACGUUCUCACAAACAAAUAUUUCAAGGAGUUCCCAGGAUUUGUGAAUAAGUGCAUGGGCAGCCCAAAGAGCAAGACGGAUGCUUGGUGGCUCCACAACCUGUUCGUCCGGCCGGACAGACAACGGCAAGGAAUAGGGAGGCAGCUCAUUGAAGUCGUCAAGCAGAAGGUAGGCACGUACAGCGCCCCCGAGCCAUCCCAUUUGACCUCCGGCCAAGGCCAAACACUCGCGUGCAGCACAACGCAAGACUACAAUGCCCUAGUUUACAAGGCGUAUGGAUUUGAGCAGAAGGGCUUGAGGACUAUGCCUUCGCCGUGGGGUGAUUGGCCACUGUACGUUUUUGCGCUGGACACUGCGAAAGCAGCAGGUCGUGAGUGCGACAACAUGGCUGACCACGCCGAGGAAUCGAUAGCACUUCUGUAUGAAGGCGAGAGGAGCUCACAGGAGGACCUGAAGCAAGCGCAGCCUCGUCUCCCGACUCGAUCCACCCCGACGCUCUCGCAAUGGAUUUCCGCAACACUUGCGCUCUUCAUCCUCGCUGACCUCCUUGCCUACCUCUAUGUCUUCCGCGCAGUCGUCAACGAUAUCCGAGAUUCGGAGGCACAGCUUGAGUUCCGCAGCCCAUACCGAGGACUGGACGACCUCUAUGGCUCGGGCGAAGCAAACUCCUCAAGACACGAUCCGAUCGAGAACGUUCCGAGGGUGGCAGCAGUCGUGACUAACGAAGAUCCGGAGAAGGUGUAUCCAUUGGACGAGCAUCGUCGGCUCAGUGCGUAUGGGACGGUUACGCCGCUAGACCGGCAUCUGAGGGUCUCAGGCACGAUGCACACUGUCCUGCAGUUCCGAGUAAUGGACUACGGCAUGGAGCGGUGCGCGCUCGCACUCCGCUUGCCUUUCAUCGAAAGCAACACAUCCAAGCCAGUGGACCUCGACAUUUGCGCCCUCGACGUCUCUCGCCAGCUCAAUCCGCGAACGCUCUCUUGGUCAACCCGCCCACCAUGCAAGAACCUCGUCGGGACGCUCCGUGGGGGCGCCGGCGAGGAGGUGCGCCUGCCCGAGUUCUCGUGCAAGUGGGGCGAGCUGUAUACGUACGAGGUCUCAUGUGCUGCUGAGUCGCCGGCGUGCGAUGUCGACGUAUGGGCUGAUAGGAACGGGACGUGGGGUGAGAUUUAG